CGUCUUAUUACAAGCUUGACCCACCGUCCGCUGUGAUCGGCUCCGUGUCGUACCAAGGUUUUUCCGGUUCAACUCCAUUCCUCAGAUUCCUUCUAGGGUUUUUUUUUCUUCUUUUCUUCCAUUUUUCUGAUCAUGGCUGCGAUGCGAUUGACGCCGGAUGACGCUCGGGGUGCUCCGUCCGCCGUUGAUCUGGUCUCUGACGACGAUCGCUCAGUGGCCGCUGACUCUUGGUCCAUCAAGAGUGAGUAUGGUAGCACCCUCGACGAUGACCAGCGUAAUGCCGACGCUGCCGAGGCUCUAUCUGCUGGAAAUUUGCGUGCCGCUUCGGAUUACAGUUCUGACAAGGAUGAAACAGAACCAGAUGCUGAAGCUGUGGCAUCAAUGCUAGGUCUCCAAAGUUAUUGGGAUUCUCAAUAUGCUGAUGAAUUGACAAACUUCCAUGAACAUGGUCAUGUUGGUGAAGUCUGGUUUGGACCUGAAGUUAUGGAAACUGUUGCUUCUUGGACAAAAAUUUUGUGUUCUGAUGUUUCGCAAGGUCGGUUUCCCAAUCAAGCUGAUAAUGUUAAGUCACUGAAUGGUGAUCAGGGUUCCAAAUUCUUGUCUAGUUGGAGUGUACUUGAUAUUGGGACGGGAAAUGGUUUGCUGCUUCAAGAACUUGCUAAGGAGGGAUUCUCUAAUUUGACAGGAACUGAUUAUAGUGAAGGGGCAAUAGAUCUUGCUAGAAGCCUUGCAGAGCGAGAUGGUUUUUCCACAAUUAAAUUUUUGGUUGAUGAUGUUCUUGAGACAAACUUGGAAGGGCAAUUUCAACUCGUUGUGGAUAAAGGCACUUUAGAUGCAAUUGGAUUGCAUCCAGAUGGUCCCCUUAAAAGGUAACGAUAAGCAAAUAUUUGGGCACGGCA